GAGAGAGAGGUUGGGGCUUAGGAUCAGAGCAGCAGGUCAUGUGUUUGAGUAACAGAAAUACAACAAGUUGUAAGCUCGGACAGCUGUACAGAGGGAAGGGCAUGUGAAACAGAGAAUGGUGUUUGCUUCUCUGUUUAAGGGAUACUGUUACUGGUCCUGUUUCGAUGAUGAGCAGCAUGGCCAGCGUGGGGAGGCCCAAAGCAGUGUCUCAUGGUGUCGUUGGGAAGGAGAAGGAGAGGACAUGGUUUUGUGGCAACGACAGGCUGAAAACAGUGUCUCCUUGCAUCAAAGGAAAACCCAGAGCUGUGUCUCCAGGCAUGAUAGGGGAGCAGAGGGCAGUGCCUCCUUGGAGGCCAGAGUCGAUGUCUCCAGGUGUGGUAGGGAGAGAUAGGGCAUGGUCUCUUGGUGUGCUCCAGAACACCAGCAGCUACAGCAGUGUGACCCCAUGCCAGACCACUACUAAGAUUAUCCGAGUGACGGACAUCUUGGACUCCAAACCAGAGCCAACCAAAGCCCCUGUCAAGAUCCGGCCUCCUAGCCCACGUCCCCCGCCCCCCGAGGAGCCCAUUUUCAGUUGCAACCUGUCCAGUGACCCUCCCGUCCAGCCCAUCAUAAGACGCAGGGCCCAGUCUUUGCCCUCGGUCCACGAGAGAAACAGAGACCGCCAGGUACGCUUUGUGGACUCCUUGGGGCUGAAGCUGGAGGAAGUCAAGGUGUUCAGCAAAGGAGAGGAGCCUUGGAUUCCCCCCCACGUCUUCUCCAGACUUCUCAUGAGCGCUGAGAUGAACUCAGGGCGGUCCCUGGAGCUUUCCUUGCCUUACUUCAAACCCUGCUUUCCCGAAAACACGGGCUCCCAGCCGGGGUUCGUUAAGCGCCUGGUGGAGCAGAUGGUCUCUCUGGACCAGGUCCUGUGUUCUGAGCUGGGCAUCGUCGGCAAGGUGCAGGUCCUCAACCUGGCCUUCAACAAGGAGGUGACGAUUCACUACUCCUUCACUAACUGGAGAAGCAGUGCUGAGACCAGAGCCUGCUGGGUGGCUACCCUCCACCGGGAUCAGAUGGAGGGACCAGAGUCUGAUGUAUUCAGGUUCCGCCUGCCCGUCCCGCCCUUCAUCCUGCUGCCUGGAGCCCAGCUGGAGUUCGCUGUGUGUUACAGAGUGAUGGGAGCUGAGUACUGGGACAACAACGAUGGGAACAACUACAAACUGUCCUGUCACAGCUACACACUCACUGUGCCCCGGGAGUGUGAGGACAGCAUUGUGCACUACACCUGACUGGCCACUAGGGGCCAACCAGUGCUGUAGAGCGAUAGAGCUCUAUUUCAUAGAGGUUAAUGGGGAGGAAGACAACACAGCUGCGCCAAAUGAUCUGAUUGUACACAGAUCUGCCUGUAGGAAUAGAAUAUAAAAUGAAACAAGCCAUUCUCCUUAUUAAAAAAUAAAUAAAGGUAUUUAAAGACAUUGGUGAAUAGAGAAAUAGAGUAAAAGUAAUUGAAGGGAAAGCCGAUACAGACAUACCCAAGAUGACUCAAAGCUGAUACAGACAUACCCAAGAUGACUCAAAGCUGAUACAGACAUACCCAAGAUGACUCAAAGCUGAUACAGACAUACCCAAGAUGACUCAAAGCUGAUACAGACAUACCCAAGAUGACUCAAAGCUGAUACAGACAUACCCAAGAUGACUCAAAGCUGAUACAGACAUACCCAAGAUGACUCAAAGCUGAUACAGACAUACCCAAGAUGACUCAAAGCUGAUACAGACAUACCCAAGACGACACAAAGCUGAUACAGACAUACCCAAGACGACUCAAAGCUGAUACAGACAUACCCAAGACGACACAAAGCUGAUACAGACAUACCCAAGAUGACUCAAAGCUGAUACAGACAUACCCAAGACGACUCAAAGCUGAUACAGACAUACCCAAGACGACACAAAGCUGAUACAGACAUACCCAAGACGACUCAAAGCUGAUACAGACAUACCCAAGACGACACAAAGCUGAUACAGACAUACCCAAGACGACUCAAAGCUGAUACAGACACACCCAAGACGACUCAAAGCUGAUACAGACACACCCAAGACGACUCAAAGCUGAUACAGACAUACCCAAGAAGACUCAAAGCUGAUACAGACACACCCAAGACGACUCAAAGCUGAUACAGACACACCCAAGACGACUCAAAGCUGAUACAGACACACCCAAGACGACUCAAAGCUGAUACAGACACACCCAAGACGACUCAAAGCUGAUACAGACACACCCAAGACGACUCAAAGCUGAUACAGACACACCCAAGACGACUCAAAGCUGAUACAGACACACCCAAGACGACUCAAAGCUGAUACAGACAUACCCAAGACGACACAAAGCUGAUACAGACAUACCCAAGACGACUCAAAGCUGAUACAGACACACCCAAGACGACUCAAAGCUGAUACAGACACACCCAAGACGACUCAAAGCUGAUACAGACACACCCAAGACGACUCAAAGCUGAUACAGACACACCCAAGACGACUCAAAGCUGAUACAGACACACCCAAGACGACUCAAAGCUGAUACAGACACACCCAAGACGACUCAAAGCUGAUACAGACACACCCAAGACGACUCAAAGCUGAUACAGACACACCCAAGACGACUCAAAGCUGAUACAGACACACCCAAGACGACUCAAAGCUGAUACAGACACACCCAAGACGACUCAAAGCUGAUACAGACAUACCCAAGAUGACUCAAAGCUGAUACAGACACACCCAAGACGACUCAAAGCUGAUACAGACACACCCAAGACGACUCAAAGCUGAUACAGACAUACCCAAGACGACUCAAAGCUGAUACAGACACACCCAAGACGACUCAAAGCUGAUACAGACACACCCAAGACGACUCAAAGCUGAUACAGACACACCCAAGACGACUCAAAGCUGAUACAGACACACCCAAGACGACUCAAAGCUGAUACAGACAUACCCAAGGCGACUCAAAGCUGAUACAGACAUACCCAAGACGACUCAAAGCUGAUACAGACAUACCCAAGACGACUCAAAGCUGAUACAGACAUACCCAAGACGACUCAAAGCCGAUACAGACAUACCCAAGACGACUCAAAGCUGAUACAGACACACCCAAGACGACUCAAAGCCGAUACAGACACACCCAAGACGACUCAAAGCUGAUACAGACACACCCAAGACGACUCAAAGCUGAUACAGACACACCCAAGACGACUCAAAGCCGAUACAGACACACCCAAGACGACUCAAAGCUGAUACAGACACACCCAAGACGACUCAAAGCUGAUACAGACACACCCAAGACGACUCAAAGCUGAUACAGACACACCCAAGACGACUCAAAGCUGAUACAGACAUACCCAAGACGACUCAAAGCUGAUACAGACACACCCAAGACGACUCAAAGCUGAUACAGACACACCCAAGACGACUCAAAGCUGAUACAGACAUACCCAAGACGACUCAAAGCUGAUACAGACACACCCAAGACGACUCAAAGCUGAUACAGACACACCCAAGACGACUCAAAGCUGAUACAGACACACCCAAGACGACUCAAAGCUGAUACAGACAUACCCAAGACGACUCAAAGCUGAUACAGACACACCCAAGACGACUCAAAGCUGAUACAGACACACCCAAGACGACUCAAAGCUGAUACAGACAUACCCAAGAUGACUCAAAGCUGAUACAGACACACCCAAGACGACUCAAAGCUGAUACAGACACACCCAAGACGACUCAAAGCUGAUACAGACACACCCAAGACGACUCAAAGCUGAUACAGACAUACCCAAGACGACUCAAAGCCGAUACAGACAUAAUCACCAACAAAGGCAUAUUACAAAUUAUAAACUGCUUGGUUCGAAUCCUGGAUGCUGAUUGGCUGACAGCCGUGGUAUAUCAGACCGUAUACCAUGGGUAUGACAAAACAGACAUUUUUACUUAUCUAAUUAAGUUGGUAAACAGUUUAUAAUAGCAAUAAGGCACCUCUGGGGUUUGUGAGAUAUGGCCAAUGUACCACUGCUAGGGAGUGUCUCCGGGUUGGGCUGUGCCUAAGAACAGCACUUAUUCGUGGUAUAUUGGCCAUAUACCACACCCCUUCAUGCCUUAUCGCUUAAGUAUUCUACAAUGUAUUGACUCAGGGGUAUGAAUACUUAUGCAAAUGAGCUAUUUCUGUGUUUACAUUUUUUUUAUAAAUUUCCCUCAAUUUCUAAAAACAUUUUUCACUUUUGUCAUUAUGAGGUAUUGUGUGGUAGAUAAGGGUGAGAGAAAAAAUACAUAUUGAAUCCAUUUUGAAUUCAGGCUGAAACACAACAAAAUGUGGAUUAAGUCAAGGGGUAUGAAUACUUUCUGAAGGCACUAUGUAGUGCUUAUGAAUCUUUAUGUAAGCUAUAAGAAGCCUUUAUGCAUGCUAUAUGAAGGCUCAUGAGGUGUACUUCCAGUUUUUCAUUUCACACUUUUUUAUAGUAGAUUUAAUGUCAUUUGCACUCGCUACAGCCGAUACGAUUUGGGUGUCCAUAUUUAUUAAACAUUUAUAUAUUCUGUUUAGAUUCAGUUUGAUAUAUUCUGAUUAUAUUACAUUAUACCAUGACAUUGUUGAAUACUGCUUUCUGAUUGGCUUGAAGGGCAUUCAUUAAUUCCCUAUAACGCACUGUAUAUUUGCACGGUAGAAUUAAAUGGCUAUAGUUACUUCA